CCACUUUCGCUGGCAUAUCGUUUCUUUGAUCCAUCGACGACAGUUGUUUCCUUCAAGAGCCUGGCUGCAGUCAUCUCUGUGACCUACCAAGAGUCCUUGACAAGGAAUCUGCGUUCUGUACAUUAGGCACAAGAGCAGCAGGCUGCUUGCCCGUCACGGUCAGCCACCAUGGCUCCCAACCCUCGCAACAUGUUCUACCGCCAACAAUUCGACGGAGCACUGCAUCACAACCAUUCCAAUGGCCCUAACCAUCAUCCCACAAAGGCGGCGAUCAUCGGCGGCGAUCAUCGGCGGCGCUGUAACAGUGGGCAUCAUCCUGUUGGCCAUCGCAACAUUUUUCCUGCUACGCUUCCGCCGACGCCGCAACGCGAACUCAUACAAGCCCGCCAACGCACAGGGCGGAUUCAACGUCGAACCACCCUCGCAGAUGCCCUCGAAGGAAGAUACUAUGGGUCUCUUGGGCAAGAACUCACCUGCGCCGCCGGCCAUCGUGGCAUGGGACGCCGAGCACGUACAAGCAGGUAGCAUACAGAACGGAUUCCAAUAUGGCAUGGGUAUGGGCAUUCAGAGGCCGGCGAGUGCUGCAAGUGUCGGUGUGCCUCCACCCCGGUAUGAAGAGGCCACGGCACGCCCGAGUCUCACCCACGGAAGACAUCAGUCCGAUUCGGGAUUGAGGCCGUUGUUGCUUGCGCAAGGCGAGGCUGCGAAAUAUUAUGAUGAUGGCGGUCGGGAAGAGCAGGAUAUAGGAGAGAGGGGACGGUCAGUGUCGAGAGAGCGGCGAUUGAGUGUUGAUGCAAGGGGAAACCGUGCAAGGAGUAUGUCCAGGUUCAGGGAGGAAGGAAUGGUGGAUUUGGGGUUGAACUCUCCUAUUAGACCAUAAGACGGGCAGAGUCUGGAUUGGUAUCGGAUUGUUGGACAUCGCACUUUGCGAAGGGUAAUAAGUAUCUAAUUCUCACCACGUUUUGAUAGUGAUAUAACUCGAGCCUCGAGUCUCGGCCUGAACGCCUUCCGGUUUCUGGGUAUCAUUUUCAUAGAUCCAUCCUGUUUCCAUCGUUC